GCCACAUUGUGUGCACCUGUUGGCUUGGUCGCAGUUUGAAGCAAAUUUCAAUCUCUUUGGUAUCAUUUCUGAUUACAGUUUUCUCUACAUCAUGAAGUGGAUGAUCAUAAGAUUCUGCAUGUUGGCACUGCUGGUCUUCCAGGCUCAGACUAAUGUGACAACGACUGUGACAACUGACUUGGCAACAACUGAUAAUACUUCAGUUGCAAGUACAAAUACAACAACUGUAAAGACUUCAACUACAACUACAGCUCAAGUCACUGUUCCAACAAUUGAAAUUACUUUACCCAUAACAACGAGCACAAAUACUUCAAAUACAACUCAAGCCACUGGGACGACUUUGCAGGAACGUGUGACAACUCCAUCAGAUCAGCCAACCACAACGCCUCCGUCUUCAGAGCCCAGCAUGAUUCAAACAACUAAAUUUUCAAGUAGCAUGACUGAUAUGACCACAAUGAUGAAUUCCUCAAUGCCAGUGAACGCCACCAUGACAACAGUUGGACAGACUACAAUUUGGACAACUACGUCGUCCAGCAACUCACUGACAGUUACAGUCAUCAGCUAUUUUCUAUCCGUCCUGCUGUACAUGAUGUUGAAUUGAGCAUUAUUUGAUUCAGCCCUAGAUUAAAGCUAAGCUGGACUGUUUUGCAAAGUACUGUAUAAUAUAAUAUAAGUAGUAUAUAAAAGUAUAGACUAUAUGUAUAUACUUUAUAAAUAACUGAUGAGUAUAUAAAUGACUAUUACAUUUACAGUAGCAUAAGCCAAAACUGACCAACAGAUAAUAGUUUUAUUGAUUGAAUGUUUGUUAUGAUUGCACCAACCUGCUUGAUGCAUCACAAAUGAGGACUGAAAAGCACAUAUGAUUUCAAAUGAAAAAUGCAUAGUUUAAAAUAAUGUCUGAAAUAAAGGGGGAAAAAAUGUUGA